AUGUGGGUUUCACCUUCAUCCACUUCACCACCACCCCACCAACCCUCCGCACCGCCUCCGAGUCGAGCAGAGAUUGAGCGCAAGCUUUCCGUCAAGUCCAACGUCCGCGACACUCCGACAAGAAAGCCCACUAGGCCACCAGUACCGAUCCCAUCAAACAGCACCGACUCAGCGUCGACCGCCUCCACCGUGACGCCCGUGACUGGCGCAUCCUCACAUCCCUCCAAUCUCCCGCCGCUGGUUAUCAACCCAAUAUUCGGCGGCCAGUUUACCAACUCUCCGAUGGCCUCGCCAGCAACUCCCCAUCACGCCGGUAUCAGCGGCCUGAGCUCGAUCGCCGAGUCUGAACGGCAAAGCUCUGGUCGCAUGUCUCCGGUGGACGACGUUACGGAAGGCGGAGGGGAGGGCGACGACUCGGAUGAAGAUCACGGAGCGAAUGCCGAGCUCGAACGCGGCGCUGAGAUCAAGAGCGGAUUCCUCAUCAAGAAGCAGGAGCGAAGAAAGGAAUACUCAUUGUCCCGUGCGAUCGAUCUGAAGCAGAUCCACUCGGUCGUGCCGGUACACUCUGAGAAUCAGAAGCACCCGUUCGCGUUUGCCAUUGUUACCUCGGCGCGAACGUUCAUGCUCGAGGCGCUGUCCGCAGAGGAGAGGAAUGACUGGAUCCGCGUGAUCAACGCCGGACGGAAACGACUGUCUGAAAAGGAUGAGGACGAGGCUCGCCGGCGCGAGCUCAAGAGCGAGGCCCGGGAAGCUCGGACCAACCCAGUGCCCGUGCCCGCCCCUCAGUCGCUCGGAGCGGGAGCCGAGCUGGACACACACGCUGGAACGUGGGCGAGCAACAUGUCGGGAAUGUCUGUCUCUCCCACGACUGUGCCGGGUGGCUAUUUCCCGCGGGGCGCUGGACACGGCCAGCCGGCGUCGCUGGGCACGUCGCCGAGCCUGCCGCACCAGAUGGGCAACCUUGCGUUAGGACGUAGCCAAUCGAUCACCGCUGCGCCGCCAAGUGCCGCGACGGUGAACCGCCGGUUGUCCAACCCCAUCAUCCCGCCCGUUACUGGUCUGCACCCGCCCGCACGGACUGGGCUGCACCGCGAGAUCUCGCAGGGAUCCAUUGAUCUGGGAGGGCCGGGUGCGUCAACACUCUCGCCGCCAAACCAAAACUACUUUGUCAGCUCGGACGAGGACGAGCCCUACUUCUCGGACCCGCGACAGGGAUGGCCGGCGAGCGGCGAGGCAGAGGGCGUGGCACCCUCCGAUAUUGACCCUAACAAGGUCAUUCUGGCAACGUACCUCAUGAAGAAGAGCCGCAAGGCGACGCGCGAAGUCUGGCGCAAGCGCUGGUUCUACUUGACCUCGACCAACAUUGUCUACACGAAAAGCCACAUGGACUCGCGCCCGCUGACGACGGUGCCGUUGCACGCGGUGCUGGAUGUGUUCAGCGUCGAGUCGGCCGACUCGGACGAUGAUGAUGAUGCCUCGCUUCAGAGCGAGCGCAAACCGAACCGUCACACGAGCUUGCGUUCUUCGGGCAAGCGCGACGCGCCCCAGUCAAGCGGACAGGAGCAGCACGUCAUUCGCAUCGUCACCAACAAGCGACGAUAUGACCUCUGUGCGCCGAGCGAGGAGGAGGAGAUCAAGUGGCUUGCGGCGAUCCGCGCGCUGAUCAACCGCGAGCGUGAGCGCCAGGCGCCGACCUCGUCCAACGGAGCCAGUGGCAGCGACCAGCGCACGACGCCGACGAAGCAGCAGCUCAACAUCCCGACCAUUGCGCAGCAGCCGCCCACGCCGUCGAGCCUUCCGCCGGGUUCGCCCAUCGCUGGGCAGUCGGCGAGCCCGACAAAGGCUGUGGGAGACUACAUCGAGGCGGGUGUGCAGAUCGGCACCCCGCAGAGGUUUGUGCCGACGCACGGCCGCACGCGUAGCGCGACGCAGACAGCCAAGAACGCAGUCGCCGACGUCGUAAGGAGAUUCCACACCGAGGCGGCCCACUGA